AUGAUUCCGUUCAUCCAAAAAAAAGGGACAACAACAUCAGCUAGUAAGCGGGGCCAAGUCCUUGGAUAUGCGGCACUUACAGGUGAUAGGAAAAUGAAAUUGAAGGAGAUUGUUGCCCUAACAGGAGUACCCAAAUCUACCUGUUCGGACCUCAUCAAUAAAGCCAAGCAGAGAUCAUUGGAGACUGGAGACCCCGACCUUUGCUCACAGCAAAAUCUUGCCCCCGAUCCCACUUCAAAGAAAGGCCGCAAUAAAGUCCUAACAGCGGAAGAAGAGAGGAGAUUAAUAGCAAUCACACUCUCUGAUGCUACUCAUUGCCGGAUGCCACUACGCGAAUUGGCUGCUGAAGCUGGACUGAAUGUAUGCAUCAACACAAUCAAGAAAACACUAGCUGCCGAUGGUAUACACCGCUGCAAGCCUACAAAAAAGCCAUUGAUGAACGAGAUACAUAAGGCAAAUAGGCUUGCAUUCUGCCUACGGUAUCGACAUCAGGACUGGAGGGACAUUAUAUUCACGGAUGAGAGCUACUUUGAAACAAGCAAUCUACGGGAACGUAGAGUAAGAGGAGUAUUGAGACGCGUAGGGGAGAAAUUUGUACCACGGAAUAUGAACCGAAAGUUUCUUGGGGGUUCUACUGUCAUGUUUUGGGGUGCUAUCCUCUACGGAUAUGCAG